AUGCUCAAGUCUAGCACUAUGACACCAGCUUCCAGUGGAAGAGUGAUCACUAAUGGUUACAGCACCAGUCCAUUACUGAAGAGCCCCACUUCUCCAACUGGAUCAAAACUAUUAUUGGAAUCGCUUGCUUCCAACAGCCAUACAUAUACGCUUGAUUCGCCAGUGUCCUCCUACUCAGUUCUUGGGAAGGACUACUUUCAGUCAGGAAAGGAGCCGAUCUACGAAGGUGCUAACGGGAUUGUCCGAAAAGCUACGGAUAGGACACGGACACUAACGUUGAUCAUAAAAAGGAUCAAACAGAGAGACCAGUCUACUCAGCACUACAAGAAGUCUGUUAUUAUGGAAUAUGAUACCAUCAGAGCCUGUAACCACAAGAACAUCGUCCAGAUUUUGGACAUCGCUGUUAUUCCCGAUUCAUCUGAUUUGUGCUUAGUGUACCCAUACUACCCUAAGGGUGACCUUCUAGACUUGAUGUGUCAGGUGAGAAGGUUUAAGAUCGAAACGUCGGCAAGCUUGAAGGAUUCUGUUUUCAAACAGAUCUUGAAGGGAGUCAACUACUUGCAUUCCAAGAACAUCAUCCAUCGUGAUUUGAAGACAGAAAACUGCUUGAUAGAUGCUGACGGGGUUAUUAAAAUUGCUGAUUUCGGGUAUGCUUUGAAUCUUAACGAUGACCGAUUCAAGGGCUACUUGAAAGAGAACCCCGUUGAAUUCUAUUGUGGAACUGCAAGUUUCAAGGCCCCAGAGUUGUUCGUUAUUGAAGAUGAAAUCAACAAGGAAGAGUUCUCGUUUGACCAAUACUUGGAGAAUAUCGAGGUGAUGAAGUAUGUGGACUACUGGUCUCUAGGCAUAAUAUACUUGAACAUAUACUUGAUGAAGUCUCCCUGGAACAAUGCAAAUGCACUCGAUCCGAAGAACAUCGCAUUUACAAAGUACCAAAAAUACUAUCCCGAGAAUGAUUCACAGCUUUCCCUUAUAAUCAAGGACUUGAACAGGAGCUCUUCGUCAUUUAGCAACAACCCUGCCUUGGCCUUGUUCAAGAAUUUGCAUUACGAUUCCAGAGAGUAUAUUCUUGGAAUGUUGAAUCCAACGCCGGAUAGACGGUUGUCUCCCAAGGAAGUUCUCGAUUCCAAUUGGCUUAGCCAGGUUUAUUCACCACCAAAAGACUUGGUUAACUUGAUAAAAUCAAAGUAG